AUGGGGGGAACUGAAGCUGAAACACAUGAACACGAGCAUUUAUCCGCUAAUGUGAUCGCUAAAGGAACCAUUCUUAUUUGCAUGUGUGAGAUGGUACUAAUUGACCAGGAUGUUGACCUGGAGAAGUGCCAGUUAGCUUUGAUUCCCGGCAGCAGCUGUGGGUCCACAGGUUCUGGCUCCUUGAACGAGGCUGGCAUCAAUGUGACGGACAACCAUACUUGUGAUCUUUCCCAGUCUAUGGACAUCACCUCGAGCUGGGACUUUGGAAUUCGCCGACGAUCAAAUACAGCCCAAAGACUUGAAAGGUUAAGAAAAGAGCGACAAAACCAAAUCAAGUGCAAAAACGUACAAUGGAAAGAGAGGGCGACGUCUCAAUCUGUUGAAGAUCUGGGCACAUUAUUUGAGAAGCGUGACUUCAAAGAUCGGCCGAGAACAACAGGCACUAAGUCGACCCUGUCAUUGCGACUCGAGCAGUGUCCUCAGCAGCUCAACAACCCCUUCAAUGAAUACUCCAAGUUUGAUGGCAAGGGUCAUAUAGGGACAACCGCGACAAAGAAGAUUGACGUCUAUCUCUCCAUGCAAAUCGGUCAGGACAAGGUUCAUCCAAUGACUGUGGUAACCAUUGCCAAUGCCAGAGUACAUGAUCUCAUUGGACUUAUCUGCUGGCAGUACACAUGUGAAGGAAGGGAACCUAAACUAAAUGAGAAUGUGAAUGCCUACUGUCUGCAUAUUGCAGAGGAUGAUGGUGAAGUCGACACAGACUUUCCCCCAUUGGAUUCUAAUGAACCUAUCCAUAAGUUUGGUUUCAGCACGUUAGCCUUAGUCGAGAAGUAUUCUUCACCUGGCCUUGCUUCUAGACAGUCCUUGUUCGUAAGAAUAAAUGCUGCUCAUGGCUUCUCUUUAAUACCUGUGGACAGUCUGAAAGUAACCAUGAAUGACAUCCUCCAGAAAGCAUUAAAGAAAAGGAAGGGCUCUCAAAAAGGCUCAGGGCCAAUGUAUCGUUUGGAGAGACAGACCGAACCAAAUGUGGCAGUUGAUUUAGACUCCACGCUGGAGUCUCAGGGAACACUUGAAUUCUGUCUGGUCAGAGAAAACAGCUCCAGGGGAGAAGAGAGCUCAGAAGAGGACCCCCCCAUAGACAUCACCACAGUCCAAGACAUGCUCAGUAGUCACCAUUACAAGUCAUUCAAGAUCAGCAUGAUCCACAAGCUGCGGUUUACCACAGAUGUGCAGCUAGGUAUUUCAGGGGAAAAAGUUGAGAUUGAUCCCGUGACAAACCAGAAAGCCAGCACAAAGUUCUGGAUCAGACAGAAACCCAUUUCCAUAGACUCGGACCACCUCUGUGCCUGUGAUCUGGUGGAGGAGAGAAGCCCCAGUCAUGCAAUAUUUAAACUAACCUACUUGAGCAAUCAUGAUUACAAGCCUCUCUACUUUGAAUCUGAUGCUUCUACCGUCAAUGAAAUUGUGCUAAAGGUGAACUAUAUCCUGGAGUCCCGGGCCAGCUCGUCGCGGGCCGAUUACUUUGCCCAAAAACAAAGGAAACUGAGCCGCAGGGCCAGCUUUAGUUUCCAAAAAGACAAGAAAACUGGGCAGUGA